AUGACUCAGUUGCAAGACCCCCGUGCUUCAAGACGGAGGAGGACUUCCUGUCGACAACUAGGAUGGACGCCGCUACACAAGUCAGUGGAAGUCAACCCGACGGUUACGAACGCGAUCCUGGUGAAAGAGAUACUCUGGAUGAUGACCGAGGUGGUACCUUUGCGGAUACGCCUCCAUAAUGGACUAUCGCAUUCGAGGAACCCCAGGGCGGCGAGGCGUUUGCGGAGGUUCAUCCUGAACAUGGACGCUCCAGGAUUCCCCCCAGAACCAGCGUCCUGCAUACCGCUUAAGAAGUUGGAGAUGGAGUACGAACGCUGUAUGAGGGUUAGCGCAGAAGAGUUGGCCUGGGAGCCAGGUGUAUAUAUACAUGAAGGGAGCGAGAUGCUGGCACAAUUGCUGGACCAAUUGGUCAUGUUGCCAGAAUUGAGUGAAUUACACCCAGAAUGUGAUAUCGAUCAGGCCGACGUCGGAGUCCCAGGUGAGACCUCUCCUGAAGAUGAAUCCAGGAUGCGUGCGAUCCUAAAACGCCAUAGAAUGUUUUUCCUGGGAGAUGGAAAUGCCGCACCAGCUCCCGCCAGAGGUGUGGUAUGCGACCUCGAUGUUGGAGAUGCUAAACCCAUUGCAUUACGGCCAAGGUCGAUUGGACCACAUGUAACCGUCGAGGUGUACGAACUCCUCAAGAAAUUAUUCGAGAACAACCUGAUUGAACAUUCAGAAUCGCAAUGGGCAUCUCCGAUCGUGAUCGUGCUCAAGAAAAAUGGGGUGGACAUCAGGAUGUGCAUUGACUAUCGACUUGUGAAUAAUUUCAUCCAACUGUCUAGCUAUCCGCUACCUCUCAUAGACGACUUGCUAGUCGGCUUUGAGAAAGUACUCUGGUUUAUGAGCCUGGAUAUGGCCAGCGGUUUCUGGGUGAUCAAGAUGAUCGAAAGAACCAAGCUGAUUUCAGCUUUGCAAGUGAUCAACAAUUGCCUGUGGGGAUUCGUGCGUCUGCCGCCAGAAGAGGAUGCCGAAGUAGACCAAGAAGUUUUGGAUUACCUUAAUUUGGACCCCCAGGAUGACGAACCUCCAGGAUGUAGCACUCCAGGGUGUACCGGUUGUGAGGACGAUUAUGCUUCUCGAUCGUCACCGACCCUGGCGGACCAAAUGACAGUGUUCAAGAGGAACAUCCACAGAUGUCACCUCUCUUAUAUUGAUGAUAUCGCACACGGCGCAUCGGCUUGGGAUGCAUUGUGUGCUGACUUGGACGCCCUGUUGUACAUACUACGGUAUUGGAAUAUCUCAGUAAUUUUGCCGAAGAGCGAGUUCGGGAAAUUGUCUAUUCCGUAUUCGUCUCACGAGAUUAGCGUUGAAGGAAUCAGGGCAACACCGAAGAUCGCUAAAGGAGUUAAGGAUUUAACAUUCCCAACGACAAUGAAAGGGGUACAAUCCUUCCUGGGCAGCCUGAAUUACUACCACAAAUUCAUCGAAGACCACCCUGUGAUUGCAGCCUCCCUGUAUGAACUCUCGGAUGACCAAGUGCGUUCAGGACGAGAUCUAUUCAGGGCAAAGAAGGCGUUUGAAAUCCUGAAACACAAAAUUGUGUCGACCCCAGUAUUGAGGCAUCCUGACAGGACCAAGCCGUUUGAUAUCAUACCCCAUGCAAACCAAUGGGCUGCCUGUGCAGUCCUGGGUCAAGAACAUGACAGCUUAAUCCAGCCGGUGUUCAAAACGAUCAUCCAGGUUUGCCCUCUCAUCGUGUAUACCAGACAAUCAGUUCUGAAGUGGAUCAUGAAAUCCAAGACGGCGGACGGGAGGUGUGUGCCCUGGGGUGUUUUGCUUUCACAAUGGAACCUGGACAUCAAGAAGAUCCAACAAAAUGAAGACGGGCUAGCCGCCAUCCUAGGUGCCGGCAUCACACCUCGAGAGCAUCUAGACGAGGUCGCCGAGGAUCUCAUCCCUGCCAAGGGGCGUGCGAAGCUACCACCGAUAAUUAGCGUGGAAAUGUUGGAGGAUACCUUUGAAGGCAUCGUACUGAGUUUUGAUGGUACCGCCAAGACAUCUACUCGGCAGGGUAGCUGUGGAUGCAUUUUGUGGGAACUCCCUGGAUGGAAAAUCCUGGAUGCACAGGGUUUCACGUCACUGUGA